AUGUCAUCAACGUCUGCGUUCACAGAAUUAGGAGCUGGAUUACCGCUAUCUUCAGGGUUGCCGCCAUCACCGGGUUCAACUUCGGCGAAGUCCGGAACAAGAACAGGGACAGGCACGUCAAGAGCACCAGGAACAACAUCGGAGACAGGGACGUCAACAGGAUCUACAAUAACCGCACGAUGGACGCCCAAUCGAUCAAUCUGGGAGAUUGUUUCGGAGAAGGGAUCAAAACGAUCUGAAAAAAAAAGGCAAAGGACGAUCCAGAGCAGGGUUGAUGAACGCUUGAAUGUUCGGCCUGGAAUAUCCAAUGAUCUGAAGGAAGUCUCGAAGGUCACACCCACCACUCUCUAA